AUGGCCAGCCAAGGUCCCAACAAUCCUAGCAAUGCUGGACAACCCCAGGCGUGGAAGAAUGACAUGCUAAACCAACAAUCCGACUCCCAAAACCAAGAUCACUCAACUAACUUCCUCCAAGAGACUGGAACACAAGUUAAGAACAUGGCACAAGGAGCAGCAGAUAUUGGGAAGGGGGCGGUAGUGAGCAUUGCCCGGGGAGCAGCACUAGGUGCAGCAAACGUGGCACAAGGGGCGGCUGACGUCGUGAAGAAUACUGUAGGAUCAGCCAAUAAUGCCACCACUAAUACCAACACCGCCUCAGGCUGCCCUGGCAGCACCACUGACACCAGCCUAGGAUCAGACAAUAAUGCCACCACUAAUACCAACACCGCCUCAGGCUGCCCUGGCACCACCACUGACACCAGCCUAGGUACCGGAAACUACCCGAGCAGCAACCACCCAAGCAAUCCCAACACCAGGAUUUGA